GCCUCUCAUGUCAACGCUUGCGACUGAAGAAGACCUUGAUAAAUACUUUUCACAAACAGAAAAGCAAAUAGAAAUAGACAGAGUAUUGUCAUGCUUUAAACUUGACCCUUUUUCAAUUCUGGAGCUUCCUUACAGUAAGCCUGAUCCCAAAGCUAUCAAAAUAGCAUACCGCAAAAAAAGUUUGAUGAUCCAUCCAGACAAAGUUAAACAUGAACGAGCACAAGAUGCCUUUGCUCUCUUAAAAAAAGCAGAAUCAGAACUGACUGACGAAACACGUCUUGGCUUUCUUAUGACAGUGAUAGAAGAAGCACGCGUUGAAGUUUUGCGUGAUAAUGGAUUCAAAGUCAAAACACAAGCUGCUGCUGAGGGUGACGAUAUAAAAUCAAUUACUGACGAGAAAGAAUACCCCUAUCUACAAACACCUGAAGGUCAAGCUAAAGUCAAAGAAAAAGUAAAAGAAAUCCUAUUUGAAAUGGAAUUGCGUCGAAGAAAGCAAUUAAAGAAAGAAAUGGAAGCUCAAGGUGAGGAGAAGCGAAAAGUUGAAGAAAUGGCAAAAGAGAGAAAAAGAAAAGCAGAAGAAUCAAAGCAAUGGGAAGCUUCCCGAGAUAAUCGUGUAAACAGUUGGCGUGAUUUCCAAAAGAAAGGAGGCAAAAAAGUGAAAAAGCUUAGAAAAUCAGGCUUAUAAGUCAAAUAAAAAUGCAUUUUACAUUUAUU